UUGAAGUAAUAAAUCAUUUGAAAUGGAUAAAAAAGAAUUGCACUGUGCAUUUGCAAUAGUAGGAGGCGGUAUUGCUGGAGUAUCAUGUGCUGAGAGCAUAGCUUUUCUUGCUCCAAAGGAAAAAAUUAUUUUAGUUACGGCAAGUCCUUUAGUAAAGGCGGUCACAAAUAUAGUCUCGCUAGGCAAGACGUUGAUACAGUUCGAUGUGGAAGAGAAAGAGACACAGUCUUUGACAGAAACGUAUGAUUCAUUGAAAAUUAUUAACGAUUUUGUAAUAAAAGUAAAUGUUUCAGAUAAAAAAUUGGAAACUAGAAAUGGAAGAAUUAUAAGCUAUCAAAUGCUAUGCCUUUGUAAUGGUGCUAGACCAAAACUUAUAGAAGAACAUAAUGAGUUUAUUUUAGGGAUAAGAGAUACUGAAUCAGUCAUUCAAUUUUCCGAAAAAAUAAAAAAUUCAAGGAGAAUUGUAAUAGUUGGGAAUGGUGGUAUUGCUACUGAAAUUGUAUACGAAGUUGACGGACUCGAAAUUGUAUGGGUGAUCAAGGAUAAACAUAUCUCGGCAACAUUCGUCGAUCCUGGAGCUGCAGAAUUUUUUAUGGACAAAGUGCAUAAAUCUGAAACACUCCCAAAUGUUAAUUUAAAUCUAACCAAAAGAAUGAGGUAUACUGUCUCUGAUACUGCAGCUCUAAAAGGUGGACCAGCAUUAGGUCCAGAUUGGCACAACAAUUUUGACAUAAAAGGAAUCCUCGAAUCUGCAAAAGUACAGAUUGAAUACGAAUGCGAGAUAGCUAGGGUUCUCAAUGAAUCUGAGAAACAGGAAUUCGAUCCUGUGCAAGAAUGGCCCAUAUAUGUUCGACUGACAAACGGAAAAAUCAUUGGUUGCGAUUUCAUUGUAUCAGCUACAGGCGUAAUACCAAAUUCUGAUAUAGCUGGUUUAGGGAAUGUGAAGAAAGGGGAAGAUGAAGGAUUUUUGGUCGACUGGAAGUUAGAAACUUCAACAGAAGGUAUAUAUGCUGCUGGAGAUGUGUGUACCGCUGGUUGGGAACUGGCGGAUCAUUGGUUUCAAAUGAGACUAUGGACUCAAGCGCAUCAAAUGGGUCGAUACGCGGCAAAGGCAAUGGUUUCUAAGUUGAAGAACGAAGAAUUUUACCAGGAUUUCUGUUUCGAACUUUUUUCUCAUGUAACUAAGUUCUUCGGUUACAAAGUAGUUUUACUAGGCUUGUAUAACGGACAAAAGUUGGACAACAAUUACGAGAUAUUACUUCGAAUGACUAAAGGAAGUGAAUACAUAAAACUUAUAUUGGAUAAAGGUAAAAUGCAGGGAGCAGUGUUAAUUGGUGACACUGACUUGGAAGAAAUGUGCGAGAACUUGAUUCUUAAUCAGUUAGACUUAAGUAUUUACGGGGAAGAUUUGUUAAAUCCCGAUAUCGAUAUUGAGGAUUAUUUUGAUUGAUUAUAUAUGAGUUCAGUUGAAUAAAACUUUCGCAAUAGAUUUCA